CCGCUCUGUUGAUCUGACAUUCUCAGUGACCAACCUGCCUGUAGAAACCUUCCACGCUUACCUUGGUCCUUACUUAGUUCCUGCGACCACGCUUAGUGUCACUGCCGACAUCAUCUACGCCGAUAUUCGAAUCACCGACAAUGGCUAAACAAUGCGGGCUAAACUGUGAUGGUCUCUGUGAGAACUGUAUUCAACAUACUUGCAACCUUUUGGGAUCCAUGAGCCCCAGCCUUCCAAGUCACGGCCAGGACCACAGCCGUAGCGAGCCCCUUGACGUGCAGAUGCUCUCCACUGUUUUCGAGGAUCCUGUCAACAGUGGGCUCGGUGCGCACACUGAAAAUCACCUGGAUGCGCUCCCCGACUCUUAUUUUGCUCCGGAGUCUGGUAUCGCCCAAGAUAUGCAGGUUUCAAAUGGGUCGAAUGCCACUUGUGGUGCCACAUCGCAGGAUCCGAGGGAAGAGGACACUUUUAUGCCGCCCGUCACAACGUCCUUCGACGGCUUCCAGCUUGACGCGACCUCGAACUUCCAGACCGCGCAUUGGAAUGACAACACAAUAUAUCCUAUAUACGCCCCCCACCAGCAACCCGUCCUCGAACAAGGCUCUUACACUCCCUCGAACGUUCAGCACCCGCACUGCAUACAGUCCCCCUCUUUCUCCUCUACCUGGGACAACCUGAUCGGCUCUCCUCAGCCCGCUUCUCACCAGACGGAUGUUAGCGAUAACUCUACUAGUAAUCCUUACGCCGAGCAGUACCUGCUGGAUAUCGAGCAGCGGGGAUGCGACGCACUGUCCAUCCAUGUUCGGAUCCCUCCCUCUAUUCCCAGUGCUAUGUACUUCGAUAACCACCUCAUGGCCGAGUUAUCGCAGGAGGCUGAUGGUACACUGAACGUUCGUGUUCAUUUACCGCCGGGCUAUGCGAACAUAAGUAGUACCUUCGUUCACGCUUGA